AUGCAUCGGUGUAGUGUUUUUAAGAACACAUGUGUUAAUGUACCAGUCGACCCAAUUAGUAAAAUGCCUAAGACUGCUUACGAACGGAAGGAAAAGACUUUAAUAGACCAGUGCUCCGUAGAGUCCUCUUAUGGCUCUGUUUCAGCUGAUAUCGAAGCCGAGAAAUUAAAGGACUUCUAUAGAAGUAUCCCAGAUUAUAACGAUAUAAACCAUUUGUCAGAAGCAGAGUUUUAUUCCACAUUAAAAAGUUUGAGGGAUAAAAAGAAAUUAAUGCUCGGGCUAGCUGUCGAACAUAUAGAUGAUUGCAAAUAUGACGAUAGAUUCGACAAGGAAGAUAUCAUUACAACCAUUAAAAAAAAUCCUAGAACUUAUCGUAGAAGAAAAUCACUUAUGAUUACCGAGAAACCCGAAAUUCCUCAAGUCAAUGUCACGAAAGCAUCCACAAACAGAUCUUUAAGACAAAAAGACGAUAGUGGAUUAGAAAAUAUGACGUCAGACAUACAAAUUGAUCCAACGAAAACUAGUAGUUUGUCUGUGAAAGGUUCCAAAAUGGAUAGGCCCAAGAGAAAUCACUCAGCGUGUUCGAUAUCUUGGCACGAUGAUAAAAUUGAAGCUAAAAAUGAAGUCGAUGACAAAUUUGAUAAGUUUUUUGAAGAAAAUAAAUACCCGAAUGAUAUAAAUGAUGAUGGAUUAUAUAAAACGCAAAGUAUGCCGUCGAGUCCAUUGCGAACGAGACGAACUGGGUCGUUGAGGCGUCGUAAAAGUAUAACGAUACCGAAGCCUUUUAAAAUGACAGAAAGAGACGAGGAAGACCGCAUAGUUAACGAGCUUCGAGGUCUGCAAAAGUCGAUGUCUGAGGAUAUGCUUAAUCAGAAGCGUGAGAGAAAGCAGUUUAGGGCCAAGCCAGUGCCCAUCGAGUCUCGUAUACCUUUAUAUGACAAAAUACUCGAAGAUCAAGCCAUGAGGCGAGCAAUAACAAAGAUUAACAGCGAAGCCGAGUUGAGAGCUCAGAUGAAGCCGUUCAGCUUCACGAAGCGAGAGGAAGACUCCAUUAGCGGUGUGUGCCAGCGAGCUGUUAAUGUUUUACCUAAAUCAAAGAAGAAGAAACGCUUCCGGGCUCGACCCGUGCCGAAAAACCUGUUCUCCAACUACUUCUACGAUAAAAUUAAGGAGGACAACUUUUUCCGGUCAAUGAAUCGUCGUGUGAGAGCUGAGGAAAUGUUACGUAACUCUAGCUUCCCAGGCAGCAUGGUUGUGCGCGAUCGAAGCCGACUGUCAACUCCUGCGGCUCAUAGUGACCUACCCAUCGAUCCCUCUCCAGCAAUCCCUUCAACCACCUCGUCGGACAGACAUCGCUGCUCCAGCCCCACGAAGGACAUGAGAAGAUCGAAGGUCAAAGAAGAUUUUAUUACUACAAGCCCUCAGCCGUUUAGAUUUAAUACUGCUGAAAGAGCGUCUAAGAAGAUGAACGAGAUAACAAAGAAAAUCUACCAAGGCAGCAGUAAUGGCACUAUCAAUAAAGCUGAGGACGUUUUCAAUAAAACGCAAGCGUAUUCCGCUCUAGAUUUGAAGGGAAUUGCUGCUGGCAGGUCCAACUUAGCGGCACUCUUCAGAGCUGAGGCUGUCAGGCAGAAGUUUGAAAUGGAGUCUGCUAGACGGACAGCAGAGCAGCGUAGGAGAGCUGAGAACAGGCAACGGGAUCGUUUACUCAGGUCUAAACCUGCUUGGCAUCUUGUUAAGAACAAUCACGAAGAGGAUUUAGCGAUGCGCUUGCAAACAAGACGUGAUGAAGAAAGAAUGAGAAGAGAAGAGUUUCUCCACGAGAUGGAGUUAAUGUACGGAAGGGUCCAGCAGCAGCCGAUGCUUUUUGAAAGAUACUACGCACCGCGUUCUGGGGCUACCACCAUAGACUCCAUUCAACUUUCACCGAGAAAAAGUCCUUGUAAAAAAAAGGGCAGUAGAAAGAGUAAAUCAUAUCAGUUAGACAGCCCUUGUCUCUCACCAGAGUUAAGGGGCGACCUGAUGAAGUAUUUAGACAAAAAGUCCAGUAUGACAGAAUUUUACGACGAUCGCGUGGUCAAAGAUAAUUUGUUGGAUAGCUUGGAAAGGAGCUAG